ACUCCCCACUCUCCCCAACUCACUCCCUUACACACCUCCACCACCUCUCUUACCAUUUUCAAAAUUCAAUACACACACCUCCAUACAAACCAUUUUCUACUACUUACUUCCUUUUACCACAACAAAAUACCUUCAAAUUUUCAUCACAAAGCUUUCAACUUAUUGCUUCAACCGACCAUUCACCAUGGCAUCAUCAGCAACAAACACUUGGAUUAAAACCACACUCCCUUCUCUUCCGACAUCUUCUCCGACAACCUUAAAUAAAAGGUUUCCUUCCUAUCCUAAUUCCAAUUCCAAUUCCAACACCAUCACAUGUUCCCUUCAAACACUCCACUUCCCCAAAAAGUACCAACCAACCUCCACAACCACAACAACAAAAACAACAACCACCACCACCACCACCACCAGCCCAGCAAGAGAAACCAAACCAGUAAUCACUUCUCCCUCCGAAACAAAACACCCAUUACCUCAAAAAUGGAACUUUCUCCAGAAAGCAGCAGCUUCAGCCUUAGACAUGGUCGAAACAGCCUUGGUCUCCCACGAGCGGCAACACCCACUCCCCAAAACCGCCGACCCGCGUGUCCAAAUCGCUGGCAACUUCGCCCCCGUGCCGGAGCACCCGGCGCAUCAGUCCCUCCCGGUGACCGGAAAAAUCCCCAAAUGCAUUGAGGGCGUCUACGUCCGCAACGGCGCGAACCCACUCUACGAGCCCGUCGCUGGGCACCACUUCUUCGACGGCGACGGCAUGGUCCACGCCGUGAAGUUCCACUCGGGCGCCGCCAGCUACGCCUGCCGCUUCACCGAAACCCAACGCCUCUCCCAAGAAAAAAGCCUCGGCCGCCACGUGUUCCCCAAAGCCAUCGGUGAACUCCACGGCCACUCCGGCAUCGCCCGCCUCCUCCUCUUCUACGCCCGCUCCCUCUUCGGCCUCGUCGAUGGGUCCCACGGCAUGGGUGUCGCCAACGCCGGCCUCGUCUACUUCAACAACCAUCUCUUAGCCAUGUCCGAAGAUGACUUACCCUACCAUCUCCGCAUAACACCCAACGGCGACUUAACCACCGUCGGCCGUUACAACUUUAACGGCCAGUUAAAAUCCACAAUGAUCGCUCACCCCAAACUCGACCCCGUGACCAACAACCUCCACGCCCUCUCCUACGACGUCGUCCAGAAGCCAUAUCUCAAGUACUUCCGCUUCUCCCCAGACGGCGUCAAAUCCCCCGACGUCGAAAUUCCCUUGAAAGAACCCACCAUGAUGCACGAUUUCGCCAUCACCGAGAACUUCGUCGUCGUCCCCGACCAGCAGGUGGUCUUCAAGUUAUCAGAAAUGAUCACCGGAGGCUCCCCCGUUGUCUACGACAAGAACAAGGUUUCCAGAUUCGGGAUUCUCGACAAGAAUGCUAAAGAUGCAAAUGAUAUGAAAUGGAUCGAUGCUCCCGAGUGCUUCUGUUUCCAUCUCUGGAACGCCUGGGAGGAGCCGGAAAAUGAUGAGAUCGUUGUCAUCGGUUCCUGCAUGACCCCCGCGGACUCCAUUUUCAACGAAUGCGAGGAGAGUUUGAAGAGCAUCUUGUCGGAGAUAAGGCUGAAUUUGAAGACAGGCAAGUCCACGAGAAAACCCAUUAUCUCGGAAUCCGAACAAGUCAACUUGGAAGCCGGGAUGGUCAACAGAAACAAGCUCGGGAGAAAGACGAAGUUCGGGUACUUAGCACUUGCGGAGCCGUGGCCUAAGGUUUCGGGUUUUGCCAAGGUUGAUUUGUUCAGUGGGGAGGUUAAGAAGUACAUGUAUGGCGAAGAGAGGUUCGGAGGGGAGCCUCUGUUUCUUCCAAAUGGUGUCGACGGUGAUGAAGACGAUGGCCAUAUUCUCGCAUUCGUGCAUGAUGAGAAGGAGUGGAAAUCGGAGCUGCAGAUUGUCAAUGCCAAAACUUUGAAGCUUGAGGCUUCAGUUAAGCUUCCUUCCAGAGUUCCUUAUGGGUUUCACGGUACUUUUAUUCAUUCCAAGGAUUUGAGGAAACAAGCUUGAAUUCAAUUAUUGGGUGACGACGGUAAAAAAAAAAAAAUGUGAUUUUUUUUUCACUUUGGGAGGAGAGAUUUAACUGCGGGAUGCUUGCAGAUACGCCCCCGGAAUCUACUCCUCUUCUUUUCUGUUGCAGAUUUUUAUUUUUACUUUUUCUUCAUUUUUUUUUUAAAAUUUGGGGUUAAUUACUUUUGAGUGAGAGGUUUUGGGGACCAGCGUGUAGCUUUUGGGUGUAGUUAGCAAUGAAGCUCAGCUGGUCUCUGUUUUUUCUUUCGCUUGAUGUGCAUGUAAAGUAUAUUAGAUGAAAAAAAAGGUACAUAUAUAAUAUAUCACAGUAUAGAAUGUGAUAUACUAUGAUAUUAUGUGGUUACGGUUUACUAUAAACUACUUCUGUUCAUCAUUACUACGA